AAGUCUUUAUUCAUUUCCCCGUUCUUUUCCAGUGUCACACCUAGUUCAUAUACUCUCUACUUUGGAAGAGAGACUCAGUCCGGCCCUAAUGUUCAUGAGGUUAGCAGCACUGUGUCCCAGAUCAUCGUCCAUCCGGACUACAAUAACACAUUUUUGAACAACGACAUCGCCCUGAUGAAGCUCAGCAGCGCAGUCAGUUUCAAUGACUACAUCAGACCUGUAUGCCUGGCGAGUAACUCCAGCCAGUUUCACAACUCCACCUCCUGCUGGGGCACCGGUUGGGGCCAACUAGGAAAGGAUGAGGCCUUACCGAGCGCUUACUCGCUGCAAGAGGUUCAGGUUCCUGUCGUUGGAAGAAAGCAGUGCGGUUGCAUCUACCGCUCAGAAAUUAACAUCACUAAUGAAAUGAUUUGUGCGGGACAAGAGAACAAAGGCAUAUGUCAGGGGGACUCCGGUGGUCCUUUGCAAUGCAAACAAUCCUCAAUAUGGAUCCAGUCUGGCAUUGCCAGUUUUGGAAUACCGUGUGCUACAGCUGGUUUCCCUGAAGUCUUCGCCCGAGUGUCUGAGUUCGAGACUUGGAUAAUAGAUAAAGUGGCGGGGGCGAAGGUAAACUUUGUGACUUUCACCUCCGACGGCACUGACCAAGACAACAGUUUUGAGUGUCGAAAUACGACUUCCACAGCAACAACUGUUUUUACUGAGCUUACAUUGAUUGUCAUUGUUGGGACAGUGUUCCUGCAGCACACUGUAGCUCCAUAGUGCUGUAAUGCGCUAGCAACUUCUCAAUGUCCUUUUCUGUUGUGUUGGGUUAUGUUUGUCUCUUAAAUUGUUUGACUAACAUUCUACUUAUAUGUACUACAUCAGUUCCAUCGCUGUAGUUUUAGAGCAUGGUUUUGUCUCUGUGGAAAGGUUUUUUGCACUUACAAACUUAAUUCAACAUGCAUCUUGUUUAAAAUAUGAUUGUAAUAGCUAAUGGUAUAGAGCCAUUCUUGUUAUCAGUUGCACUACAACACCCUGUAUUAAAGCAAAUAAUAAAACAUG